AUGAUCCUGUUAUGGGUUACACUGCUUGUUCUUCAUCAGGGAUAUACGUUGGUUCCAGUGACCACUGUUCAACUUGGUGAAUCUGCGACUUUCACGUGUGUUUUUCCUAAAGAAGAGUUGAGCAGUGUAAUACUCCACUGGUACAAGCAGCGUGCCGGGGAUACUCUGAAAUUAAUUAUGACGCUGUUGAAAUCUGCAAAACCUGAGUAUGCACCAGAGUUUGACUCUGAAUCAAGAUUCAAGGUAAAUACUGAUAAGAAUAUUAGCAACCUGACCAUUUUGAGGACAAUUCAAGAGGAUGAGGGAAUGUAUCACUGUGCAAUAACAGAUUGGACUGUUCCUGAAUGGAGUGGGACAUAUCUGUUAGUAAGAGGAAACACUCAAAGGACAAUAAACUAUACUGUCAUUAAGGGACAGACAGUAUCUAAUCCAGACCGUCCAGGAGAUUCGAUGACUCUCCAGUGUUCAGUCCUUUCUGACUCUGACAACAAGACAUGUCCAGGAGAUCACAGUGUGUACUGGUUCAGAGCUGGAUCAGAUAAAUCUCAUCCAGACAUCAUCUACACGGAUGAAAAUGGACAUGAUGAAUGUGACAAGAGAUCUUACUCGCAGAAAAGCUGCAUUUAUCACUUCUCUAAGAACGUCAGCUCCUCUGAUGCUGGGACUUACUACUGUGCUGUGGCCACAUGUGGGAAGAUAUUUUUUGGAGAUGGAACAAAGCUGGACAUUCAAGGACCGAGUAUUUGGUCAAAAAUGACCAAUUCAAUUAGUUUCCUGCUGUGUGCUGUCUUGGCUAUAAGUCUGAUUGUUAUAGCCUUCCUCAUUUAUGCCAUCAAGACAAGCAAGUCUGAUUGUUCUAACGCUGCUGUCGUCCUGCAACAAAACAGUGGUUAUCAGAAAACUCAACAGAGAAAUAAGGACACAUGGAUUUAUUCUGCUGUCGUCUUUGCCAUGAUGAAAGCUGACGGUGCAAUAAAGGAUGCAAAAACAGCAGAGAAAGAGAGGAUCUAUGCUGCUGUCAAAGCUUUUGGGUUGGAUUAUGUGCCAUUUGUGUAUCAUGAUGAAAGCUUUACCUUGACUUUAAAGGCCCUACGCAACCACACGUGUUUCCAGUUACCCUGUCUGAUUAGACCUUCAGUCAGGUGGAAGUCGAUUAACCAAAAAAUGCUGAUCGUACUUUAUUUACUGCUGAUGUUUACAGUUGGGCGAUUUACAGAUGAUCAGAACUUUGUGACAAAGACUGUUGGAGAAGACGUGACUUUGACAUGUACCCGCCAGAAAUCAAACUUGUCCCAAGUAACUCUGUUUUGGAUCAGACUUGUUUCUGGAGACUUUCCUGAAUUCUUGGGAGGAACAUUUUCCUUUGACUAUGAUGGUGUUAAUAAGACUUCUCGCAUUACAGUAAAACAAGAGCCUGGAACCUUUCUUCUCCAUAUUAGUCAAACAAGCUUAAGCGACACUGGAGUUUACUACUGUAUAAAAGUAAACCGACUUGACAUGACAUUUGUGAAAUCAACCUUUCUAAGAAUUAAAGGACCAGAACCAGAUGUCACUGCAGUGAUUCAAGUCCCUCCAUCUGAUCCAGUCCAUCCAAGAGAAUCAGUGACUCUGCAGUGUUCAGUCCUAUCUGACCCUGAGAACAAAACAUGUCCAGGAGAACACAGUGUGUACUGGUUCAGAGUCGGAUCAGAGUCUCAUCCCAGUAUCAUUUACACUCAUAGAAACAGUGGUGAUGAAUGUGAGAAGAGUCCUGAGGCUCGAUCUCCUCAGAAAUGUAUCUACAACUUCUCUAAGAACAUCAGCUCCUCUGAUGCUGGGACGUAUUACUGUGCUGUGGCCACAUGUGGAGAGAUAUUAUUUGGAAAUGGAACAAAACUGGACACUGAAGCACUCAACAUGUGGGAUUUGCAGAAGGCCAAAACAGUUCUGUUUCUGUUGUGUGCAGCUUUGGCGAUAAGUCUGAUUGUUAUUGUCUUUCUGAUUUAUUUCAUCAAGAAAACAUCUUGUGAUUGUUGCAAAGCUGCCAGUGCUCUGCAAACAAAUGCUGCUACAGCCAAUGUAAAUCAGCAUAGUCAGAGAGAUGAGGAAUCAUUGGCUUAUUCUGCACCAACCUUCGCCAAGAGGAAAACUGGCAGAGCAGAGAGAAGGAAUGUAAAAGCAGCAGAGGGAGAGACAAUCUACACUGAUGUCAGGCCUUAUUUGAUGGAUUAACAACCCACUGGAUUUGAGGGGAAACAUCCUUCACAUCAAUUUCACAUCUGAUAUUGGUGGCAAUAUUUUAAAUGGAUAACCUUAAAAAUGUUAAAUGUAUCAUUUUGACAUAUUUCUUUGUCCAGUCUGUUAGCAGUCAUUGCAUGACUUUUUCAUCCCAUUUUAUAAAAUGGCAUGGAUUAUCAUGAUGUUUUAUCAUGCAAAUAUAUCCACAUUUAAUAGUUUUAAUGACUAUGAUGAUAAUGAUAUGCGCAUUGCAUAUCUAUAAUUCUUGUUCUGAGUUUAAUAUAUAAUGCUAGCACUUCAAAGAGAAAGAGGGUUAAGGAAGGUUUCCUUUCUGUUUCUUUUUUCUGAUGUGCAUUUU